GAUAACAUUACGUACUCGGACUUCCGGAAUAGUAUUAUUUUACGAAGUUAAAACGAAACUCAGUGUUGACGAGUUUUCGUUUUUAAUGGUCAACAAUGAAGACAAUUAUAUAUUUAAAGUGGUGAAUUAUGCAGUGUUUGAGUUGAUUAAAAUACCUUCUCGAAUUUGAAGCGUAUCACCCUCUGACCCGAAUGUCGGCAUACUGACGUCAUAAUCUGAGCAAAUAGAGAUUGAACAGUCAGCGGCGUUAACUAUGUCAGACAGCGAAUCGACCACCAGUUCUUCGUUUGUGACUUUGAGCGAUUCCGACGACGACGACGUGGAGAAAAGCCUAAGUUUAAGGGAUGUUAGCAUCUCAGAUAAUGAAGUUGUGUGUUCGCGGGCGUUCGGGAACAUCACGGUGUCCGUGGUCAAGGCAGAUAUUACAGAGUUGAACGAACAGGUUGACGUCAUUGUAAAUACAACGGCCCCGAACCUUGACCUCACACAAGGGGCAGCCUCCCGCGCGCUCCUUACAAAGGGCGGCCGAAGUAUCCAAACGGAAGUUAACUUGAAGAAGGGCCCAGGAAAGCUUGCGGAGGGUAGUAUUGUCGUCACUUCCGGUGGAAACUUGGAUUGCAAGGAGAUUUAUCACACUACACUGCAAAGAAGAAGACAUGGGCGAGGCCAUAUCAUCAAAACCCUUGUCACAAAGUGUCUUAACGCCGCGGAAACUUCCGCCUACACGUCCAUCGCAUUCCCCGCCCUCGGGACCGGUAACUUAGGUUACGGCAAACUUGAGGUUGCGCGCGCCAUGUUUGGGUGUGUGGAACACCACGCAACGGCGCGCACAGCCACCAACAUCCGGUCCAUCAAGUUCGUGAUCUUCCCCAGGGAUACAGAAGUUCUGCAAGCGUUCGAAGCGGCAUGCAAAGGGACCUCCGUCGAUACGUCUGAGAGGACUGUAUGUUCACAACAGAUCGGCGGCGUGACCGUUGAGUUGGAGGUGGGACACUUAGCAGAACAAAACACCGACGUGAUUAUGACGUCAUGCACGCGACGGUUGGACUUCAGUGCCGGCACACUAAGCAAGACAAUCCUGGAGGCAGCGGGCCCAGGGCUGCAGACGGACGCACAGACCCGCUAUCCCCGCGGCAUUCAGCACGGGCAGGUGGCGGUCCUCGGGCCGGGGAACAUAGGAUGCAGAGCAAUAUAUUGUGGUGCCAUACCGAGAUAUGAUAAGCGGUCGGAAGGGGAGAAAUCCCCUCAAGAGUUAUACACAACAUUGAUACGCGCAUGUCUUGACCAAGCCUCCAAGGACGGACACAAGUCGCUCAGUCUGCCGCCGCUGGGGACGGGAUACCUGGCCUUUCCACCGGAUCUAGCGGCACACUACACCAUCUCCGCGAUACAGGAUUUCGUCCGUAGUACACGCAGAACAUCAGUCGAGAAAGUCGUCAUUGUUGUUCAAGGCGUUUCGUCGAGUUUGAUGAGAAAUCUUAAGCCAUAUCAACGGGAACUAAGCUCGUCAAGUCGUGGUGGGGCGGAGUCGCUUCCCUCACGCAUGACGCCACUUCCGGAGCGCAUGACCCCCGAAUACUGCAGCUACCGCUACCAAGAGGAGGAACAUCCCCCAGCUUACUGGACAAACUUCACCUCAAACCUCUCUGUGAAAGAUUGGAAGGUCCGGAAUAAAGGAAAUGACAUGUAUACUCUAAAAGGAGUCGACAGACCGACGUUCAGUAUCAUAGAAAGAUUUAUUCGGAAGACAUGGAGGCAGGGAAAAGUUGGUCACGGACAUGACGCACAGGGCUUGACGGAUCUCGGCUGCACUGGUCUUAAAGUGAACAAAAUUGAACGAAUAGAAAACCUAACUUUGUUUGAGCAAUAUACACACAGACGCCAAAUCCUCCUGCAUGAAGCCACCGAAGCUAACCUCUUUCAAAACCUCACCGACUUGAAAUCAAAGAAUGGCCUCUCCGAGAUUGAGAAACUCAUGGAUGAAGACUGGCGGCUCGGGCGGCUUCUACCGGAAGUGAAUGAGGGGUACCUGUUCCACGGGACGAAGGAGGACCGGAUAAAUGGCGUCGUCACGCAGGGGCUGGAUCCCCGACUGGCCCAGGGGCACGCGGUACUCGGACAGGCGAUCUACUUGGCGGAGAGUUCGACCAAGGCCGAUCAGUAUACAGAUCUUAAAGAUAAUCGCACAAAGACGGGCCUGAAGAUGUUUCUGGUUCGGGCCUGCUUGGGGAACAUCCACCUAGUGAAUAAAUGCAGGAAACUAAAGCGGCCACCGUGCACGGAAACUGCGUGCCUAUCUGACACGUGCGACCACGAAAAGCGAUUCCACAGCGUUGUGGAGGAAGAACAGUUUAUAUUCCGGGAGUUUGUCGUUUACGACAGCAACCUCGUGUAUCCGGAGUAUCUAAUUUCGUACGACCGCGUUUGAUGAAUCUACGAUGCCAGUGAAGUGAUUUGCGAAUUUCGUUGCCACUUGGUACCCACAAAAUGGGGAAUUAAUUCAUAAAAGAGAGAGUGACAAAUUAGUGAUAUAAUAGCGAAUAAAACAUGUUUUAACUAUUAAAAAGCCAGUAAAUUGCACCAAGAAAGAUCACUGGUUGCCAAUAAAAAGACUGAAGUAUUAGGCCAUCCUAAACAAAUAUUGUGUUCGCAAUGGCCACACUAGCAGAUCCAGGGCUGGGGCGCAAUCGGCACGCCCUCUCUCCCCCCCCCCCCCCCUCCCACCCCCAAGAAAAAAACUAAUUCUUUCAAUAUAGGGGGAAAAGAGUAAUAAAAUACUCCAAAAACGCACCAUUUCGGACUAGAAAUUGUUAAAAUUUACUUGAGGGAACACCCCCAACCCCCCCUGCCAACGCUUUAUACCAAAUAAAGUUUGGGUCUGAGGGAGGGGUAAAAGUCAAAAGGUAACGCCCCUAAGACACGCCCCCCGCCCCCCGAACAUCAAAUCCUGGAUUCGCCCCUGGGCUAGAUUCAGGGUUGGUUGGUGGGAGUUUUCGCGACUAUGUAUCAGCUUAACAUUUGACAAGGGAACUACAGAAAUUGUUUCGUCUAAUACCAAAUACGGCAUCUAGUGACCAUUAGGGCUUUUGCAAACAGGAUUUUUUUAAGGAUGGCCUGUAAUUUAGUGUGUAUUGUUUGGUAGCGUUAUUUCCAGGCAUAAAAUUCAAUAGCUUUAGGUUCAUAUUAGUAAUUAUGAACAUUGCAAAUCUCCAUUACAUUGAAACUCUCUUUCCACUUGGGUGUUGGAAAAAGUGCAUGAUUUUUUUACUAUUCAAAAUUGUACAAUUAUGCACAUUUAUUAUUGUAAUUUUUUUAGAAUGAAAGUGAUUCUUUGGGAUUUCAUAAAAAGCACUUUUCUGAGUCUGAGUCUAGACUUGCACGUAAGACUGUUCAAAAUCACUGCCCUUGGUGCUCUCUCUGUAUUAUAUAUCACAAUAUUCAUUGUUGCACUGAGACAAACAAUUGUCCUAUAAUCUCCUUGAUUGUGACUAGUGAAAUCAGUGUGUGCCUUUUAAAAAUGAUUAUUGUUUUCAUAGUAUAUGUCUCACUCUUUAAAAUCACACUAUGUUGACUUAGUUAAACUCUUCAUUUUGAUAGCACUGUUACAUCAUCUUUUCUCUUCCAAAGUACUAUGACUAUUUUCAAGAAGUACCAAAGUUACUUCAAAUGUCUGUGAUAUAUUUGUAUUUUUUAAACAUCCUUUUUUUAUUCCGACCAUGUCAUGGCAAAAAAUACUCUGCUCAUUGUGCUAUCAGAGGUUAUUAUUAUAUACAUAAAUUACAUGCCAUUUAAUAUGCAUUUUACUUAUUGAUAUAACCAGGUUGUUAGAGUUUGAAUUCCUUAGCUCAGUCACAGGAGCUUAUAAUAUGCAUUUUCUCGUUUUUGCUCAGAAAAGAGUAUUAUUCAGGAUCAUUACUUGUACAUGUAUGUAUGUUCAGAGUUUUGUGCACACUAUAGCAGAUAGAUAAAUUUCACAAGCUUUCUUGUAUGCUAUGGACUUUAACUUUGAAAAUAAAACUAAAAAUAUAAAAUGAUCUUCUCUUCAAAAAUAUACAUUUUUGUUAUUUGGUAUACAAUUCUGUAUAUUUUGUAUACAAUAAAUCUGACAACUUUUCAGUUGGUAUAUAGAGUAUUGCAACAAAAUAUCAUUUUGACACAAAAAUUAAUUGAAAUCUAAUUAUUAAGAAAUGUAAUGGGUAAGUAAGGAGGUACUUAUCAAAAAUCCAAAUAAGGCAGAGUUAAGCAUCAAGUGUGAUGCUGUGAAUGAAUUUUAUGCUGGCAAGUGGAUAUUCAUUUAAAUGGUACUCUACAAUUUUGUAAAGUUUGAAUGAAAUACAACAAAAAAUGUAA